AAAUCAGUUUCGAGCUGUCAAGCAAACGAGCAGCAUCACUUCAGCAGAGUUGGGUCCAAUUUUAUAUUUCUCCGAGAACACUCUUACUUUGUAGACUUUCGGGUUUUGUGACUAGUGUAAACUAAAACGUUAAAGUUAAAAAGUGUUGAAUAAGACUCCGGAAAAUCUCCUCAACGGAUAACCGAAAAGAUAUGGCUGUUUCGGCUCUCAACAUGACACCCUACUUUGCUGGAUAUCCCUUCCAAGGACAAGGUCGCGUCAACCAACUAGGUGGCGUCUUUAUUAACGGGCGUCCAUUGCCCAACCACAUCCGUCGCCAAAUUGUAGAGAUGGCAGCUGCUGGGGUUCGUCCCUGCGUCAUCUCCCGCCAGUUGCGCGUCUCCCACGGCUGCGUUUCUAAGAUUCUUAACCGCUUCCAGGAGACUGGCUCCAUUCGCCCAGGAGUGAUCGGCGGCAGCAAGCCCCGCGUGGCCACGCCCGACAUCGAGUCCAGGAUCGAGGAACUGAAGCAGACGCAGCCCGGAAUCUUCAGCUGGGAGAUUCGUGCCAAGCUAAUCGAGGCCGGAGUCUGUGACAAGCAGAACGCCCCGUCUGUGAGCUCUAUUUCACGCCUCUUGCGAGGAUCCUCCGGGUCGGGAACCUCCCACAGCAUCGACGGUAUCCUCGGUGGAGGCGCUGGCUCGGCUGGCAGCGAAGAGGAGAGCGAGGACGAUGCAGAACCCAGUGUACAGCUAAAGAGGAAACAGAGACGUUCACGCACCACCUUCUCCAACGACCAGAUCGAUGCUCUGGAGCGCAUCUUCGCCCGUACACAGUACCCUGAUGUUUAUACCCGCGAGGAACUAGCCCAGAGUACCGGAUUGACAGAGGCCCGCGUCCAAGUCUGGUUCUCUAAUCGCCGUGCUCGUCUACGCAAGCAACUGAACACCCAGCAGGUUUCCAGCUUCGCCCCAACGGCUGCAUCCUACGGCGCCCCUGCCGCCGCCAGCUCUAACCCAGCUUCAAAUAUGGGCAUUGGCCUGUACGGUUCCCAGACCUGGCCAGCAUCCGGAACUACUUAUGAGAAUCACACCGGCUAUGGUGGCUCACUGGCAUCCAUGUCCCCAGCCAGCAGCACCUCUGGCAGCAGCUCCGCCGACCACAGUCCCGUGCAGACGCAAGCCCAGCAGUCGGGAGUCGGACACGAGUUCAUAAACUCCUCCUACGGCGUAGGAUCGGGCAGUGCUGCCUACCAAUCCACCGGGUCAGCCGUCUACACCAUGCCCCCGACUGCCGCUACAUCCGCGGAGCAGCUUAGAUCCCAGUUUGCAUCCGCCGCCGCCUCGGGCUCCCACCACCCCUCGACGUGGGACAGCUACAACUUUUCUGGAUCGUUCCUUCCCCCCACCGCUGCCGCAGGCAACCAUAUCGGCAGCUACCAUCAUCAGGUCGAUCAAAAGAGCGCUAUGAUGACCACUGCUCCCACCUAUCCAUAUUUCGGAUUCUGAGCGGAUAGUAGAGCGCUAGUAGCAACAAAUCGACAUUUAAGCCCCCUGAGACUGUUUGAAAUUAUUUUAAAUACUUUAAGACUCAUGUUCUGAAUAGAUGUAAGAUAAA